UUAAAUCAUUACAUGAUUUACUACUACCCCAUACAGGUCCAGCUAUUUUAAGAGUAAGGGUAGACAAGUAAUCAGUAGAAAUUACAUUAAAUUAAAUUACAUGGCGUAAUACAUUUAUUGUAGUAUAGUAUAGUUGUUUUGAAGAUGACUACAGCUAACAGCCUAUGUUCACUUUCUUUCAGAAAAUGCAUGCGUAUCCAGUUUUCCGUCGGCAGUCAGCCACAUCAGCCCGGCUCCUCAUGGCACCCACAAGCGAGGCCAACCGCGUGGAAAACAAAGUGUCUGCAAGGGCCCAACCCAAAGAGGAGGUACUGAAGGAGGCAUCCAACUUUGUCAGGAGCAAUGGGGGAGAUCCAUCUGACCAGUUUUUGGUGUUGGCUCACUGUCUGCUACAGUUUGGUAAAUACCAGGGUCAGAGAUUCAUUUGGCUUCUGGAGAACUCGCUUGGCUACGCAUUAGCCUUGCUGCAUAGCAUUUCCAAUGAAACAGCACUCCCAAACCCUCUGUCAGAAAAUAAGCAACUGUUUCUUCAGUACACAUCGCACAUUAAAGAGUUGCCUGGAGAAGUGGAGAAAUACGCCAAGAAGAAAGAGCUUCAGGCUCAAGCGUAGGCAACAGGAGACACGGGCUGUUUGUUGUUGGAGUUUGGAGACUUUGAGGGCUGCUCUCUGAAAGAGGUGUACGAGGACCAGAGCCACGGGGCCCAGAAACUCGUCAGGUACGUGCUACAGUCAAAUGCACGGCCCAACACCAACAUGGCCCUUUUCAAGGCAUAUAUUUUGAAAAGACGGUCAGCUGAGGGUACCAGUACCAGGGAGCAUCAGCCAUCUCCAGCCUCCAGUGCCAGCGCCUCUUCUCCUGCCCCGUCACCUACCACCAUCCAAACGGGUCCACGGACGCCUGCCUCUGUAAAAGCUCUGCUGGCACGUGGCAAACACUUGCCUCCCUCACAGCUGGCCAAAAAACUUGUGUCACCUGUGAAACCCUCUCCAGUACCGCAAUUGUCUGGCUCCAGCACUGCACAUCGGCGCCCAGAACCCAUUCCCCAACAGUUGCGCUUCCUCUGUGGCCCUUCUGAGGCCGACGAUGAGGAACUUGUGCGUGCCACACAAGAGUGUGAGACACAGCUGCAAAUAGCAGCCACCAUGCCUCCUCCAACAGCCGUCAUGCCUCCUCCAACAGCCGCCAUGCCUCCUCCAGUAGAAGUUGCUCAGCCACAGCCACCGGUGGAUCUCCCCUCUCACUGGAAGGACCAUCUUCCUCCCUUCCAACAGGAGUGGAUUCGCCACACACUGUUCAAGGCGAACCCAAAGACUGGGAAACCGGAGCUGGUGACCCAGCUGAAGCUGUGGUGGCAUCCUCCUCAGCCCACCCUCAUUCACACCCAGCCACCGGUGUCACCUAAUCAAUUCUUCUGUCGCCCCCUGUUCCUGUGGAUGCCUCACAAGAUGUGGAGGUACCCACUAGUCUGCGUGCGUCCAUCAUGCCAAAAGUACAGCCUUACAGCAGCCGGACUGUAUAGGACCGUGCACAAGGUCCUGGACAUAGACGGGUGGUAUGACCUUGCAACUGAGUACCUGGAGUGCAAGCGGUGCUCCAAGAAAUAUCCUGCGUGGUCUGAGGAUAUCUUGGCCCAGCUGGAUGUUGGCCACCGCAGCCAGUUCCCAGCUCUGCUAACUUACAGGUACUCAUGUGACAACCGGGUGAUAAGGAUGAUGAGGGAGAGGACACUGGGCAACAGUGUUACCCAGCUGUACAAGAAGCUGAACGAGCAGCACAGUGAGGCGUGGAUGCAGCGCUUCCUGCAGUACCUGACAGCUUGCGAGCCGUUUACAAGGUCUGCAAUCAUCUGCCCAGUAUUUGCAGAUCCCCCAGCCUUACCUGCCAUCCCAAAACCGAAGUGGCUGUUGGCCGUGUUUGCCAGAGAUGUCCUUGGGAGGCUGAAUGAAGUGAAGGCCAAAAUUACAAACACCUUUGGCUCUGUCCUCAAGAUGGACUCCACGAAAAAGAUCACCAAAAAGCUGUCUGGUGCCGCUGCAGGUACAGCUGCUUGGUGUACAAACGUGGGAAAUGAGUACGGCCAAGUACUCACUUCAGUCCUGACGGCCUCCGAGGGACAUGCUCUGGAUGGGAUGGCAACAGGCCUAAUGAAGCGGUACAGGGAGGCAGGUGUAGCUCCACCCGACAUUAUGUACGUGGACAGAGACUGCUGCAGUGGGGCAGUGAACAGGAUGUUUGCCGACUGGGAUGAGCUCCAAGUGCGCCUUGACGUGUGGCAUUUCAUGCGCCGCUUUGCCGCAGGUGUCAACACAGAGGCUCAUCCCCUGUAUGGCAUUUUUAUGAUGCGCCUGUCCAAGUGCAUCUUUGAGUGGGAUCCCGAGGAUGUGUCUGCUCUUCGUGAAGCUAAGAAGAGCGAGCUGGCGGCGAAGGGCAUCCUGGACAUCACAGAGGAGGCUCUCAAUGCCCGGAUAUCUCGGAGGGAGUUGGCGCUGCACUGUCGGAGGAGGACCAGGGGCGUGGAGGAGACCUCCAGACUGCUUGAAGCAUUGAUCAGUCUGUUUGACAGCCCAGCUGGGAAGGACACUCUGGGUGUUCCUCUGCUCGACCACGAACGGAUCCAGGGAAUAUGGAAGGAUCAGAAGAAGCACGUGGCCUGCAUCCAGGACCCAGACUUCCCCCUCUACAUUAAAACGGGCACCCUGAAGAAAGGCGACGUGGUGCUCAACUGCUACAGGUGUGCCCGUGGCUCCACCUCCCUGGAGUCUUUCCAUCUUCACCUGACUAGGUUUAUCCCAGGUGUGCAAGAUGUAGCCGAUUAGGCUGACGAGGGACGCGUGGGUCCACCUGAUGCUCCUUCAAAAUGACCUGGCUCUUUUUUCUACGUAGGAGAGAGCAGCGAGGGCAAGACGACGUCCUUCUCAGUGCCUCCCGUUCAAUCUUGAGCGGCGUGCCUCUUUGAAGGACUUUAAAGUUCAUAUUCUGGCUUUUGUUUUGUUUCACUCUUUGGUUGAAUUUGUAGCGCUGGCUUUGAAAAGUAAAAUAAGUGAACUGGCUCCAUGCCUCCUCUACAUUAUUUCUCACUUGUGAUGUGAGCGUAACACUCCUUUUGUAAUGUAUGUCUGGUUGUAAUGGAAAUUGUGUUA